AUGGCCGACGGUCAAACGGGUCAGGAUGAUGUCGGUAACCACGAGGGUUGGUCAUCUAGCCGUUUAAGAAGCGGAUCGCAGGCUACAGUGCAGCCACCAGUACAGUCUACGGAGCAGCUAAAUACGCAGCCAACAACAAGCAUGUUACCACAAAGUUCUAACCAACCGUCCGGGAGUGUAACCACCGCCAGUGAUAGUGGAAUGCAAAAUGCAUUGUCAGCGCUGAUAGAGCAGAACCGAUUGUUGUUAUCGCGGAUAUUGCGUAAUGAAGACAAUAACAACAUAAACAACGAUAACAUACAAGCGCGGUCAACCUCCAACAACGGCUAUUACGUCAUGCCAGAUUUUAAUAAUUCGAUUAAUAUUUUUUCUGGUCGUGAAUCCAAUACAGAUGCGAGAGCAUGGUUGAAAUCAGUCGAAGGUGUAGCAAAAUUGCAUAAUUGGCCAGACAGUUUUAAAUUAGAAAUAGUACGUACAAAAUUGGAUGGUCCGUCCCAAAAUUGGUACAUUGGUCGUACAUUUUCAAGUUGGGGAAGUUUUGUCGACCAGUUUAAUAAUACAUUUGUGGGAAACGAGUCGUGCACAGUUGAUCGUAUAAGAAUUAUGUCAAACCGCGUUCAAGCCAAGGGCGAGUGCGUCAUAGAAUAUUUUCACCACAAAGCGCGCCUCUGCCGUGAAAUUUCGUUACCAUUUAACGAGACUAAACAACAGAUAGUUGAAGGUGUUUAUUCUCACGAUUUAUGUAACUAUUUGAUAGCGCGCACACAUUUAAGUGAAGACGAAUUAUUGGCUGAUAUAAAUUCUUACAAUAAUCUGAGAAAUGCCAGGACCAGUCGAAUUCGAUCGACCGAGCCUGUGAAGACAACUCAAAGUCAUACCGGCAAUCGAAAAGCCAGUUCUGACAAUCGCGAUAAAGAUCGAAAUACGGUACAACGUUCCACUAUUGAUUCAAGAAGUAAGCCAACAAGGGAUAUGUCGAAUGUCACGUGUUAUAGCUGUGGAAAAAUCGGACAUCUGGCGUCUUCGUGUCCAACAAGAACCUGUCAUAGCUGUAAAUCAACGGGUCAUUCAGCGCGGUACUGUCCAAGUCGCCAAGGUGAGCGUCAAGACAACAACGGUGGUGAGCAUGUUUCUGUUUUAGAACGGUCCCCCACACCUAUUGUACCCCCAUAUAUGUUAGAUGUUAGCAUUAAGUUCCCCAAUGGUGAGUCUAUCGAUGCACAAGCUUUAGUAGAUACGGGUAGCCCGGUUAGUCUCAUUAAAUCGACAGUUGUCCCAUUCGUGUCUGGGUUCAUGCCUCCAAAAUCGGAUUUAGUAGGUAUUAAUGGUUCUAAAUUAAACAUUGUAGAUCAAUUUGAUGCGGAUAUUUUCCAUGCCGACCUUGAUGCCCCGAUUAAUAUAUGUUUUCACGUGGUGCCUAGCAAUGCCAUGAGGAAUGAUUGCCUAUUGGGUCGUAAUUUUUUAUCUCACCCUAGAGUAAAUUUGAAUGUGUCGGAUGGUCGUUUUGAAGUAAGCUUUAAAAAAAUUGAUAAUAUACCAUUUGCUGAAAUUUUAUCUGUUAAUUACACUGAUCAUAAUAGCGAUGAUGCUGACAUUAGUUUGAAUAUUGAGGAUACUCUGUCGGAUGAUAUUAAAACAAAAAUUAAAAAAAUAUAUGACGAGUCCUAUGUUAAUCACGAAAGUGUCAUUAGUACGACUGACAAUUAUCGUCCAGAAAUACGCAUUAUACUAAAAAAUGACAAACAGUUUUAUUUUCGCCCCCGGCGCUUGUCUUUUUUUGAAAAAGACUGUCUACAAAAAAUGUUAGAUAAUAUGUUGAAUAAAGGUAUUAUUCGGCGAAGUAGUUCCGAAUACAGUAGCCCCAUAGUCCUGGUAAAGAAAAAAAACGGAGAGUUAAGAAUGUGUGUUGAUUACCGCGAACUAAAUAAAUACGUAAUAAAAGACCGAUAUCCACUGCCGUUAAUAGACGACAAUUUAGAUUUAUUGCGCGGAAAAAAAUAUUUUACAUGCUUAGAUCUGAAGGAUGGGUUCCACCAUGUAUAUGUCGCUAAUGACUCUAUUAAAUUUACAUCUUUUACGACACCGUUAGGACAGUUCGAAUUUUUAAAAAUGCCUUUUGGGUUAGCCAAUGGACCAGCAUGUUUUAGUCGUUUUAUACAAAAUGUUUUUGACGAAUUUAUUCGCAAAAAUGAAGUUGUAGUAUACUUCGACGACAUUAUGUUAGCCACGGAAACCGUUGAAGAGCAUCUAGAGCUCCUAUCGAGAGUGUUAAAGGUAAUGAAAAAUAGACAGUUAGAGAUCCGCCCCGACAAGAGUAAAUUUUUGAAACGUGAGGUACUCUACCUAGGGUACUGUGUAAACCAAUACGGUAUUAAGCCAAAUCCAAAAAACGUUUCGAUUAUUGAAAACUAUCCUGUACCACAAAAUAAUAAAGAACUACAGAGUUUCAUUGGUUUAUCAUCAUAUUUUCGACGUUUCAUCCCGAACUUUGCAAUUAUUGCCAAACCACUUUAUAAUUUACUAAAAAAAAAAUAUUUCAUACGAGUUCGGAGAGGAACAAAUGAGGUCGUUCGAUUCCAUUAA